UUCGUUAAGGAAUCGGACAACGCCACAGUGCGUGCGGAUGCAGCGAAGAUGGAGGAGGAGGCAGGAGCUGUUUGAGGACACAGAGAUGCGGAUUAUGGAGGGCUGCGCCGUCAAAUUAUCCAAGGGCAAAAGACGACGCUAAAUGGACACGGGGACGAGCACAUUUCAAUGGCAGACAUUCAACGACAGGACUCUAAAGGAGCGUUUCCCACCUCCGUCUAUACAAAUAGAAUAAUCAUCUCUUUUUAACAGUUCAUUUCUUAAAGAGCGUGCGGGAAGCUUUUGCAAUAGGGCAUCAUUUCCAUAGAACAAUUCUCAUCAACAAGAACGAGGAAUGUGGAAAGUCGGGAUGAUUACCGCUGAUUGUAAAUGCGGAGGAUGGAGAGAGCGAAGGAUAAUAAACAUGAGCCUCAGUGUCCUUUAGUGCUCGCAGGGAUUCGGAAUUUGCGCAUUCUGUGCGUUAUGACGCCAUAACAGCGCUCGCGGAUCAGCCACUUGACGCGUUCUUCAAGUAAACAGAAGGAUUUGAAAGCUCUGAAAGAUGAAGGUUCCGCGUCUGCUUCUAUAUUCGUGGGCAUUUGUGGCCCUCCUGCCGGUCAGCUCCUCCGCUGGCAGCUCCGGCUCAGUGUUGCUCCGCGUCCCCCUGCGGCAGGGGCCCCUCUCACAGCCCGCGGCCCCCCGGGGCCCCUCGAAGUCCGGCCGGACGCGCAGAGGAGCUAGUGGGAUGAAUUUUGUGAACAUGAUCGACAACCUUCGCGGAAAGUCAGGACAAGGGUAUUACAUUGAAAUGGCCGUGGGGACACCAGCUCAGAAGCUGAACAUCCUGGUUGACACGGGCAGCAGUAAUUUCGCAGUAGGCGCCGCCGCUCACCCGUUCCUCCACAGAUAUUACCAUCGCUCGCUCUCGUCGUCGUACAGAGAUCUGGGCCGCAGCGUUUACGUGCCGUACACGCAGGGCCGCUGGGAGGGCGAGCUGGGCACGGACCUGGUGUCAAUUCCUCACGGGCCCAACGUGUCUCUGAGGGCCAACAUCGCUGCCAUCACCCAGUCUGAUCGCUUCUUCAUCAACGGAUCCAACUGGGAGGGCAUCCUCGGGCUGGCCUAUGCCGAGAUCGCGAGGCCGGAUGAGACUCUAGAGCCGUUCUUCGACUCUCUGCUGAGGCAGACCAGCGUCCCGGACGUCUUCUCUCUGCAGCUCUGCGGCGCAGGAUUCACCCAGAACUACAGCGCCGGCAGCUCCACCGUAGGCGGCAGCAUGAUUAUUGGGGGAAUAGAUCCGUCAUUAUAUGUUGGCGAGCUGUGGUACACACCGAUCAGACGAGAGUGGUAUUAUGAGGUCAUCAUCGUGCGCAUUGAGGUCAACGGACAGGAUCUCAAUAUGGACUGCAAAGAAUAUAACUAUGAUAAGAGCAUCGUGGACAGCGGCACCACAAACCUGCGUCUCCCCCGUAAAGUGUUCCAGGCGGCUGUGAAGGCCAUCGAAGCGGCUUCGUCGACUGAGCAGUUUCCCUCAGGUUUCUGGCUGGGCGAGCAGCUGGUGUGUUGGCAGGCGGGCACCACGCCCUGGCACAUCUUUCCUGUCAUUUCUCUCUACCUAAUGAGUGAAAACAGAAACCAGUCUUUCCGUAUCUCCAUCCUGCCACAGCAGUAUCUGAGGCCGGUGGAGGACGUGGCCUCAGCUCAGGAGGACUGUUAUAAAUUUGCUGUGUCUCAGUCGAGCACCGGUACGGUGAUGGGCGCCGUCAUCAUGGAGGGCUUCUAUGUGGUGUUCGACCGAGAGCACAAACGCAUCGGCUUUGCGGUCAGCACGUGUCACGUCCACGACGAGUUCCGUACCGCCUCGGUGGAGGGGCCGUUCCAUGGCGUGGACCUCGAGGACUGUGGCUACAAUGUCCCUCAGACCGACGAGUCCACAUUAAUGACCAUCGCCUACAUUAUGGCGGGCAUCUGUGCCCUGUUUAUGCUGCCUCUGUGCCUCAUGGUCUGUCAGUGGCGUUUUACGCGCUGCCUCCAUCCGCUGGGCGCUGGAGAUUUCUCGGAUGACAUAUCCCUCCUAAAGUGAGCCAUAUCGAAACACAGAAUGAUUUCAGCGCGUGUAAAACCGGCCGUCCUUGAGGGUCUCAAAGAAGGGGAAUUGAUGAUAUUGCUGAGACUACAAUAAUUAUAACUGCAUAUGUUAUAAUUCUGCACACACACACACACACACACACACACACACAGAUCCUGAUGGGCUGUACCACCUUGGAGGAUUCGGCCAAGGGAUUUUAUCCUCUAACCCUUUUUGAGUAUAUGUGAUAUGUGAAUGACCCUUUCUCUUGCAGCCUUUUAAAUGUGGAUAGCUGUCCUGGGCCUGUUCAGGUGAAGUUCUGUAAAGUUCUGUAAACUACGUGAGCGGGUGUGUCUGUGUGUGAAAGUUAGAGAGAGUUUGUUCGCUAUAUUAAGAUAUCAUAUUCUAUAAAAUGAUCAAUACGGAUUGAUUAUCAAAAUGAAUCUGGGGUAUAACAAAGUACUGUUUGAGUCACUGUUUAUGACAUACCAGUCCCCAAAAAUACCAUAAGGAACUCAUAUUACUAUUACUUACUAAGACAACAUGAUUUUGUGACUGUAUUAGUAUUGAAAGCUUACAGUUAAUAGACCUAAUGAACGUCACUGGGAGAGAACAUGUCCAGUCAUAUUUUACCCCAAAAUCUAAAGGAAACAAUAAGAAAUUAUAUUCAAACCUAAAGCCUAUUUUUAGGACCAAGAGUUUUUUUUUUUUUUUUUCUUGACAAUUUUAGUAAUUUUUAUUUUUUUAAUUUUCAUUAUCUGAAUGCAAAUAAAUAAUUAAAAUUAUUAUUAUUAUUAUUAUUAUUAUUAUUAUAGUAUAUUUAAUAUAUUAUUUAAACUGUUUUCCAUUUUCAUUUAUGCAGUGGUUUUUAAAUAGGAUUAAUUUUCUUUAUGUAAAAAAAAAAAAAAAAGCAAUUGCAAAUAAAAAAUAAAAAAAUCGUUUGAUUUUGUGGUCAGAUAUUACCUGGACAUGUUUUCUAGAGAUUUACUAAAUUAUGUAACGAAUAUUCGUCAGCUUUUGUAUUAUUUCUUUGGACACAUAUGGAACUGUAAUGCUGUCUUCACAUUGCAAAUAUGAUUGCGCACACACACACACACACACACAACCCAACAAUAAAUGCACCUAAAACAAUUGCAGCCUAUCUUUGUGCAUAUAAUAACUCACGUUAGGAAAAGCACACACCCUCAUACAUCAUUUUAACCAACCUUCAGAUUAAGCCAGAACAAAACAAGUCUACACUCAAAGAUCUGGAAAACAGGUUCCUACUGCUAACAAACUUCAUGUAUUAAUGAAAAUUAAAAUUGGCAGCUCUUACAGUUAAUAAAGUGCAUAAUACACCAAA